UUAUUCGCCAAAAUAAUGUUAGAAGUAUUUUUCUUAUCUACUAAGCGUCCUACAACGAAGAAAUUUUGCUAUAUCAAACUUACAAAUCUUCAUUCUCGCACGUUCCACAGACAAGAAGGCGACCGCAUGUUCCACAACGUCGAGAUGGGCCCGGCCGAACGGGAGAAUCAAUCGCAGCUGAACGUUUUCACUGCCAGCCCGGGCGAGUACAUUGUGCACGCCAACAAGUACCUGCGGCUCCCGGUGCCGGAAGUCACCGGAAACAUCAUCGAAUCGAGCAUCGGCCGCAUGAACACGUUCAACUCGUUCCAGGCACCGAAGACGCGCAACGACGUGAUACGGAUGCUCGGGGACCAGAGCAACGAAACCUAUCAGGUGUUCCGUGAAAAGGAUUCCAAGGAUAUCGUCAAAACGAUCUGUGUCGGUAUCUUCGAUUGCCGUAACAGGACCUGGUCGCUGUACUCGGACAAUCCCAAGUUCAAUGCCCCGCUGGUGGUUUUGCCUUUGGUGAUCAAGGAAUAGUAGGUAUCGUAGGCCAGGCAAACAGUUGCGAUUGUCAACGGGCAUUUCUUAUUGGUUAUUAAAGGUUGGUGAGAUGUAUUUAUGACAAGCAUUUAAAUGCUGUGCGAUGUGCUUAAAAGAUGCAAUUGCGUGCUACGGUUGAGUUAGUUUUACAGAUGCAAUAAACGAAAUAUUGAAUAUUUAA